AUGCUAUCAUGUUACUUUUUGGAUUUUUUUCUUUUUUUUUUUUUAGCAAUAACUACAACGUGCUCUGAUGACUGGUUGUUAGUCAGAAUGAAAAUAAGGCCCUUUGAUAACAACACAGAAAUUAAAAUUGGCGACAUACACCUGGGAGAUAACUGUCCUGUAACAAGACUGUUGUCAUUUAACUAUGAGUUUUCUUAUCCUGUCACUUCUUGUGGGAUCAAGAAAAUUAUGUUCCAAAGAAAUGAUGAUGCCAUAUUAUCAGAGAUCAGUUACAGACCAAGGUUGCAUACUACUUAUGAAUUUCCAGUGGUUUGCUUUGUGAAGAGGCUUAAAUUCCCACCUGCGAUGCAUUUUGGAAUGAGUGUGUUUGAUGCCAACACCUUGAAAGAAAUCCCUCAAAAAUCAAAAACAAGAGUCACCAGCUCCCACACAAAGUAAAACAUGGGCACCUAAUUUUAAAAGUGUUAAUAAGGAGCAACUCUCCAAGAAGUCACUGCAUCAAUAAUGCCUGUGUUAUAACACCCUCUCCUCCCCAAAGCACAGGAGCAAGUGGUACAUACUUGCUGAGAACCAGUUUCAUCAAUACUGUUGAUAUGUCUGUACAAAGAUGAGUAGCAAUAUCUGUUACCAGUUUCACUACAUUUUGGAGUUUGGGAUAACAUAUCUAUACCAUGAUAUUUACAUCUUUGAAUGAGUUAAUUUUAAGUGAAAUUGCCAUUCUAACUCUGAAAUCAAGUUCAUACAUAAU